GCGUCGUCGUCACGUGACGCCCAUAUCCGGGUCCUGUCAUCGGUCAUUCUCCAACAUGGCGUCUUCAGGGAAGAAGAAGCAGAAAAAGGGAAAGACUUUGACCCUGACCGACUUUCUGGCAGAGGAUGGCGGAGGGAAUACCCCAGUCUACAUUCCCUCGAAGCCAGUCAGCUGGGCAGAUGAGACGGAUGACAUGGAUAAUGAAGUUUCCACUGCCUGGCCUGGUAUUGAUGACGAUGUUUACAAGCCUGCCAUUAACCGGGCAUUACUGCCAACUGCACCUCGAGCAGCUCGAGCACCAGAUAUUGAUAUGGGCCGUAUUCCUAAGCAGCCACCGUACACAGCUUUUCUUGGCAAUUUGCCUUAUGAAGUAUCCGAGGAGUCUAUCCGCAAGUUCUUUCAUGGGAUGAAUAUCAGCGCUGUGCGUUUGCCGAGGGAGUCCACCAACCAGGACAGAUUGAAGGGAUUUGGUUAUGCUGAGUUUGAUGAUGUGGAAUCGCUGAUGAAUGCUUUGAGUCUCAAUGAAGAGAUGUUGCAGAACCGAAGAGUCAGGGUGGAUAUUGCCGAUCAAGCUCAGGAAAAAGAAAGGGAGGCGGGCAGGGGAGGCGAUCGGGACAGAGUUCGGGAUGCUGAGAUGGAGACUGACUGGAGGGCUCGGCCAACAACUAAUACUAGCAGCGAUGAUUUUCCGACAAGAAGGAUGGAGGAUUCGUUUGGGGACAGAACUAGGGACCGCUACGAAAGCCGUGACCGGGAUGGUCCCCGGCGGGAUGGGGAUAGAUUCAGGGAUGAUAGCUUCAGGGACCGUGGUUUUGGAUCGUCCGUGGAUAGAGGCAGCCGGCGUGCAUUUGGCACUGGAUUUAGGAGAGACAAUUAUGAUGACAAGAGGAGUGAUGAUUAUCGGGGUGGUGGUGAUCGUUACAGCGACCGCUACAAUGAUGGAUUUGACCGCUUUGAGAGAAGAGAUGACAGGAGAAGUGAUUUUGGAACAAGAGAUGAAACGAGACAGGAGACAGGAGGAUCUGUACAGAGACCUAAAUUGAACCUGAAACCUCGCAGCAUUCCAAAAGAAGAGGUUGUACGAGCUCCUCCUGCGGCGUCCUCUGGAAGAUCAGCAUCCAUUUUUGGCGCUGCCAAGCCAGUAGAUACAACAGCUAAAGAACGCGAGGUCGAAGAGAGAUUGAAGAAAGAGCAGGAAAAGUAUCAGAGGCAAAUAGAUGAUCAAGAAAGAGGGAUUAAAGGGGUUAAACAACCACGGGAAAGUGAUUAUCCCUUGGUUCAAUGUAGGCAUCCAAGCUGGCGCAGUGAGGAUCAGGUGGAGCGUACAAGGCCUGCUAGCGACUCAUCACAGCCAACUGAAACCAGUGCCCCUGCAGGUCGAGCUACAGUCAGAAGAGAGAGUGAAAAAUCUUUGGACAAUGAAGUGUUCAGCAAAGAGGAGGAGCCACAGUCACCAGUGUCCAAAUCUGCAAAGCCAGACCAGCUCCGACUUAAGGUUGUACCGGCCCCUCCACCUAAAGAAAAUGCCUGGACGAAGCGAACGGCUGGAGGCUCCAGUAGUACCCAGAACACGGAGUCAGAGGCCACACUGCCUCUUUCCCCGACUAGUGCAUCAUCAAAUAAAUCAAUCAGGUCACCAAGUGGCAAAGCUGCACCAGUUCCUCCUCCAGAUGACAAAGCAGAAAAUGAAAUACUAGAGAAAACUUCACCCAAAGAACGUGGUGGGGCCAACAGUGCUGUGAGCCGGGGACAGAAUGAUGGCAUAAACAAGGACCGAAGGAAGGAACCUGACAGGAAAGACAAAAAGGGCCGUGAUUCAAAACCUAUAACUGAGCCAAAGAAAUACGAAGAAUUGCCCACUCCUAAAUUCAGCUCUGCUAGCAAAUAUGCUGCUUUGAUGAUUGAUGCUGAAGAAGAAGAAGAAGACAGUACAGAAUAAAGUUCUGUUUGAGGAAAACGCUUCCACAUCCCCUUUUCACAGAACUGAAAGAAUGAACUUCAAUUAAAAUGUGACUGUCAACAACCCAUAUGGCUUACAUCUCCCGGAACUUUUUCUUGCAUGCUGCUGCAGCCAUUGAAUAUGAAACCUAUGGAGAUUUCAUCUACCACUUAAAAUAUGUCUGCCUCAGGCUUUUGAGAAAACAUUGUGUGCAGUAGUUAGAAUGGUAUUUUACAUUUGGAUGUCCCUCUUUUUAAAAAAAAAACCUUGUAAGGAGGUAAGAUUCGGCUAAAAGUGAAUAAUGGAAACAGUGGUCCAUAGAAAUUGUAAUUGUUGGUGCACUUUUUAAAAUAAAAUGGGCUAGUGCGAUUGGUACAUAGUUGUCACAAUUUUGGUGCCCCUUCCAAAAUGUCAGAUGGCAUUUUAGAAUGAAAAACAUUUAUUUAAAAUAAAAAAGGGAUUUGGACCACAGUCAGACACAUUUCUUUCUGUCACCCCACCAUAACCAAACUGGUCACCCUGCUACUGGGAAUAAUCUUGAAAUUCUGCUACAGUCUGUUGAUAUUACUGAACUCUCAACAAUUUGUUUCAUCCCCCCAUAAAUUUGGUACAGCUCUUGCUGGACAGCUGAUUGCUGGUACGUCAGUUGAGACGAUUGUUGGGGCCAAAUGUGCUUGUGCUUUCAUCUGUAAACAAAUGUAUACUGGAGCUCAUGGCCAGUGGUUGUGGUUUGUUUGAGAAUGUGACAUUGAGUAUCUGAAAGCAAAAAGCAUUGCUCAUGUGCAAGUCUGUCUGCACAGCAUACAUUAUACAUUGCCACAAGGAAAUGGCUCAUCUUACACAGGUUAAGUUCUGGUCAUGCCAUCCUUAUUGAUGUCAGAUAUCACUCGUAGCCUAACUCAACACAUUUUACUCUGCACAUCUUUCAUCUGAUCCAUUUUCUAGUUCCUUUCCAGUAAACCUUGGAAACUGCUAACUCCAGGCUUACUCGAUUGUGACAUUGUUUUGAUUGUGCAUAAAUAUCUAAAUACAAGCUCAGAUUUCCGGACAAUUGAGAAAAUUUUGUGCCGAUCAAAAUUUCAAUUCUUUUCGGAGAAGUGAAUUUAACUUGCUUGCGUGUCUGAUGCUUGAAUAUACAGGAUACGUUUUUUUUUUGUUUUCACUUCUGUCAUACAGAUUUUUAAUCACAUAAGGUUCUCCCAUUUGUGAAGAUCUAUCUGACUGCAGGUUUUAAUUCUAGAUAUUUGUAAGAUGGUCACAAAGGAAUUAUUUUGACAUUAUAAGUGUCUGACACUGGAAGAUCUGAUUGCACCGGUGAGCUUCUCGGUUCUCAACAGUAUCGGUGGAGGAGUACUUAGGAUAAAUUAAUUCCAGUUUCCAUUCGAGUCAUUCAGAAUAAUCUCAAUUUACUUUCCCAGCAAACACCAAGUCACUGAAAGUUACCCUUCAGUAUCUGUGGAGACAGUUUCACUAAAAGCUGGUGCAGUAGCAGAUAAACAUUGGAGGGAUAGCUGAACAGUGUCUAAACUGCUGUGCUUGAUCCUAAUGCAACACAGUUCUCGCAAAACAAUAAUCCUUCGCAAUUUAAAACCAGAAGUUAAUCUUGUUCAUCUCAAGUUUUUAAGUUUACUAACAGUUACCUUAGAAGUCCUUGGGAGUUUAAUAAACAUGUUACAUUUUUUUGUCUACCUAACUCGGUCUGGUUUACAACCAAUCCCAAUUCAUGAAGGUUAUGGCUUUUUUUUGUGUUUGACAGCAUGUUCUAGCAGAGCUGAAAGGGCUGAAAUAUUUGCAGCUUAUUGGUGCAGUACAAGCAUUAAAACAAUUGCAUUUUAUUUUUAGGUGAUCAGUUUUGGGACUUGGGGAAAGGCAUUUGUAUUGAAAUGUUUGCUUUAACGAUUUGGCAUUUAUUUGGGGCAUAACCUUACAUUUUAACAAUUGAUAGUAUUUGAAAUUAUUAAGACGUAAAAACCAACAAUUAGAUCUUAAAUUAAAAUUUCCUCAGGAUGGUGUUGGGAACAUUGCUUUUCACUUUUAUCAAAUUCACAUGAUAUCCUGUUUUUGAAGGUUUGUUUAGUGCCACAGCAGAUGUUGUGUUCAUAUUUAAAUGCACAUCCUUGGACAGCGCCAGCUAUCAAGACCAUUUGAUGAAAAGCAGGUGCAAAAUGUGACUAUGAUAAAAAGAUUUUUAAAAUUUCAGAAUCAAAUUGAUUUCCAAUGCGCAGUGGUGAUUUGCCUAGUCACUAGCAGUUUAGACUGGAUUUUAUUUUAAACAGUUAAAUCAAGCCCCCUAAUUCUGUCCACUUAACCCGGUCGGUGCCUCCCUCCCCACCAGUAGCAGACUGUGUUUUACUCUUUACCAGGUUGAGUGAUUUUUACGCUGCAGUGGUUUGUACUGAUAAUAAAGCAGUUUCAUUUGAUAGACAUAAAUUUGCUGAGUUCAUAGUAUCUGCUGAACAAUUUUGACGGGCAAAAAUUGGACAUUGUAUAGUAGUUAUUAAAAUUGGCUGAAAGUAAUUCAAUUUGGAAUUCUGGAGUUCGUUAAACAGUACAAGUCUGUGUUUUAAAAGAAAUUCAGCUUUCGACACAGGUAUUUAUUGGUGAUUCUUGGAAAUGAGCUCUUUCUCUCAAUUCCUCUUCCCGCUCCACAGCCACUACCACCACUAUCCCAUUAUAGAAAAAAAAUUAAAAGAAUUAGUUUACACAUUACACACUGAGAGGACUUAUGUAAAAUUUGUAUAAUACCUUCUAUUAAAAAGAUUUGUACUCUAUAGUCUGCUUUCCAGGAGAUGUCUUUUAUUAUCAUGUAUAAUGCCCCAUCAGUUUUCCUUCGAAUAAACUAAUCUUUGGAAUACC